AACACAGAUAUACAAUACAAAUGGAAACGUCCUUAUCGCAAGGCUCUGCGUACAUUGAGAAUAUUAUCUAUUGACACAGCAUGAUUGAAACCAAUCUACUUUUAAUGGUUAUGCUUGGCGUGCAUGCCUUUGCACAAAAUCCCUGUCCGGCUCAAUGGGUUCACCAUGGAACUUCAUGUUAUACAUUUGUCACCAAUCUUAAAGCAAACUGGAUUGACGCUGGGGCGUUCUGUCGGGAUGCAAAUUCCAAACUCGUGGAGAUUGAUUCUGCAGAGGAAGAUAAUUUUCUACGAACACAGUUAACAGCAAAACAUAUCUCAGAACAUUUCUGGGUUGGAGGUACGGAUGCGUUUGCAGAAGGUAAGUGGGUGUGGAUAUCUACACUUGACCCUCUGGACUACACAGGGUGGUAUCCCGGGGAACCCAGCAACGGUGUGGGGGCUGCCUGUAUGGCGCUAGCCCAACACGAGGGUUAUCACUGGAAUGAUGACUACUGCACCAAAACAUACGACUUUAUAUGCGAAAGAGAAGUUGGAAAUUCAGGCGCACAAGUCUUAGGAUGAUCUUAGUGCAAAGCGAAACAUGCAUUUAAUAUUGAUUGUGAUACUCUGUAUGAUCAUAUACCGAUAGAGUAUAUCAUUAAAAUCUUUCAGAUAC